AUGAUCUCAUCGUCCUCCUCGUCCGAGGACUCCGGCAGCGACGAAGAGUACAUGAGGUGUCUCUUUCCGACUGUACGGACCCACCGAGGAUCUCGCCCAGGACGCAGCGGCAACAUUGACCGUCAACGCGGGGUCGGAGACGAGCAGCUUUGGAACGACUACUUCGACGAUAACCCGACGUAUGACGACGGUGCAUUCCGAAGACGAUAUCGCAUGAGCCGCGGGUUGUUUCUGCGCAUUUCCCGUGACCUGGAACAGCACUCGGUCUUCUUCCAGCAGCGUCGCGACGCUACAGGUGCGCUUGGAUUCUCUACAAUCCAAAAAUGUACCGUAGCAAUGCGCAUGCUUGCGUACGGCUCUGCAGCCGACUCAAUCGACGAGAAUUUUCGCAUGGGCGAGUCGACAGUCUUAAAGACUCUCGAGUUAUUUUGCGCUGCUAUUGACGAACUCUACGCGGUUGAGUUUUUAAGCCGACCCACAGCUGAGGAGACGCAGCAUCUGCUUGAAGAAAAUGCUCUGCGUGGAUUCCCUGGGAUGAUUGGAUCCCACUUUGUCUCGACUAUUUCCCAACCAAACGACUGGGCAUCCAAAAGCUUUGCCACGCAACAAGAAGCAGUUCGCAAAGACGUGGAGCGCUGUUUUGGGGUGCUCCAACAACGAUUCGCCGUGCUUCGAAACCCAUGUCGACUCUGGGGCGCCAAAGCUAUGCACCUAGUGGCUAAGGUGUGCUUGAUUUUGCACAAUAUGGUAGUGCUAGACGAAGAGUCACUUGCCGAGCCGCGAGACCAGUACGAGGAAGCCAGCGUAGCAAGAUGCAACAUUUUGGUUACAGAGAACCAUCUUGGCCCAAUGCAACGCGACCUCGUAGCCAAGCGCAACUUUGAUUCUACAGAGCAUGAACGCACGGAAGCAGCACGGUUAAAAGCUGCUUUAGUUCAGCACAUUUGGCAGAUUAAUGGUGUUAACAACAUCUAA